AUGUCACAAGAGAAUAAUAGAAAUAUUGAUGAAUGUUUAUUAAGGAGUAGUACAAUUGCAUCCACAACGCCUACAUCAACAACAAUAACAAUGUCAACAACAGCAGGAUCAAAUACAACUAUUAUGUCAUCAAAUCCUCUGAAUACAUUAAUUAGUAAUCAGGAUCAACGUGCAUCUGGUGAUAUAGGUGAUGAUUCAUAUGCCAAUGGAAAGAUGAUACAUCUUACACAAUCAAAUGAACAUAUAACUACUAGUAAUACGAAUGUUAUAUAUACUAAUAAUAAUACAACUACUACUACUACCUAUGAUAUAACGAAUAAUAAAACAUCUACGACUACUCCUACUACUAAUAUCAUUAAUAGUAGUAUAAAAAAGGAUGAUAAUCAACGUCUAUUCCUCAAUAAGUUAAUAAAACCAUCAUCAACAACAAUAAAUGGAUUCACUAUGGAUAGAGAUCUUACCGAUAAAGACUUACAAGAGAAAUCAAUCACAGAUACAACAAAUGAUUCAACUACUUCAUCGAUCUCACCAUGUUCUGAUAAUAAUUCUGAGAAUAAUCUUAUCAAAUUAAAUGCGUCUAAUUCAUCUUUACCAUAUAGAAGUAAUCAAUCACACCACCAACAACAAUAUACUACUAACAAUAGUGUAGUGAGUAGUAAAUUAAAUGUCAAAGAAAAUCCAAGCAAAAUGGAACAAGAACAACAACAACACCACCACCAACAACAACAGAAAUCAAUAACAUCUGGUAUAAAUCAUAUGAAUUCAACCAAUGAGGAACAAUAUAAUUUUCAAGAAAAUAAUUCAGUCAUUACAACAUCUACAAAAAUGUUAACAUCAUUAGGCAAAACAAUAAAAAAUCCAGAUUUAAUAAAUCAUGAAAAGGUGAACAACUUCAAAGAAGAUAUCAAAAGUUAUACUACAGAUGGUCAUAAUAUCGAUUAUAACAAUGGUGGUAAUAUUAACGAAAGUUACAGUAAUGUUAGCGGUGGCAAUCAAAAAAUCAAUACUUCUACUAAUAGUAAUAGUAAUACAGGUGGGAACAGUAAUCAUGGAACAUAUUAUUUUCAAAAUGGGAUAAAAUCAAUAAAUGCAUCAUUGUCAGCCAAUGAGAAUCACGAUACACAUCAACAGCCUCAACACCCUCAACAACCACAACAGACAACAUUGACUAAUUCGUCAGGUCAACCAACAGAAACAUCAUCUUUUUACAGUCAUAUUAACAAUAAUUAUGGACGUCGAAAUCUCUUAACUAAUCGAAAAUCAGCUAUCCUUAUCAAUAAUAAUAAUAAUACAAGUAAUACUAUGAAUACUAAUAUAAAUUAUACUCAUAGUCAUGGCACUGGUACUAGUCCUAAUAAUACAACACCAGCCUCAACGUAUGAUUAUAAAUCAGCUCGUAAUUCUGCGAAUUAUCCAGUCCAGGAAUCGAUUCCAGUGAAUGGUAGUCAUGAUGAUUGGUGUACAACUACAACUACAACUACAGCUACGGAGAGUAAUAUGAACAGUAGUGGGAGUACUAAUCCACAGUUGACCCCUAACAAUACCGCAUACAAUACUAUUGAUAAUCAAAAUAUCGAUCAUGUGAAUGAUAAUAGUAGUAGUAAUACUAAUACUACCACUUCUAGUAAUAAUAAUAAUAAUAAGACAAAUUUAAUUGUGAAUUAUCUACCACCAUUUAUGACACAAGAAGAAGUGAAAGCCUUAUUUUCAAGUAUUGGUGAAGUUGAAAGUUGUAAGUUAGUCAGAGAGAAAGUGACUGGUGAAAGCUUAGGUUAUGCAUUUGUCAAGUAUAUUAAUCCAUAUGAAGCAGAGAAAGCGAUACGUACAUUGAAUGGUUUACGUUUACAGAAUAAAACAAUUAAAGUAUCAUUAGCACGACCUAGUUCAGAAUCAAUAAAAGGUGCAAAUCUGUAUAUAUGUGGACUGCCAAAAAAAAUGACACAAAGUGAAUUAGAAGAAUUAUUUAAUCAAUGUGGUCGUAUUAUUACAGCACGUAUAUUAUAUGAUAAUAAAACAGGCUUAUCACGUGGUGUUGCCUUUAUUCGAUUUGAUCAACGUCAUGAAGCUGAAUUAGCUAUACAUCGAUUAAAUGGUUAUCAAGCCCCAUCAGAUCAUCCAAACGGACUGCCGAAUGAACCAAUCACAGUGAAAUUUGCUAAUUCACCAAAUUCAAUAAAACAUGAUAGUUUUAGUUUAGUCUUGUUGAAACAAGCUGCCCAACUACAAUCAGUUGCUGCCUCUGUGGUUAGUCCAACACCAACACGUAGUGCUGCUGCUGCAAGUGCUGCCGCUGCGGCAACAGCAGUUGCAGCUGCUGGCCUAUUAAAUCCUCUACAACAGAUAGCAUCUCUUUCCAAUCGUUUAAAGUAUUCUAGUGUACUGGCAGGGAAUUCACCUGUAUCUCCAGGUUCACCUGCUGCUACAGCUGCUGAUUUCCUUCCAGCAAUGGCUAGUGCUGCAGCUGUUGUCAAUCCAUUGUUAGCACCGGCUGUAGCUGCCAGUUCUGGAGCGUUAACGUCAACCGGUUGGUGUAUAUUUGUGUAUAAUUUAGCUCCAGAAACAGAAGAAGCUAAUUUAUGGCAAUUAUUUGGUCCAUUCGGUGCUGUACAAACAGUGAAAAUUAUUCGUGAUCCAAUGACUAAUAAAUGUAAAGGUUUUGGUUUUGUUACAAUGAGUAAUUAUGAAGAAGCUUUGCUAGCAAUACAUUCAUUAAAUGGUUUUGCCUUAGGUAAUCGUGUAUUACAAGUCUCUUUUAAAACAACACCAAAUAGUAAAUUACGUUCAUCUACAUCGAAUACACCACCACCACCGCCAGCAGCUCCACAACCGCCACUGCAAACACAACAGCCACCUUCAUCAGUGCCACCACAAUCGGAAUCAAGUCCACUGCCUAAUGGAACAUUGAUAAAUAAUCAAUAUUCAACAACAAAUGAACAAAAUGGUUUAAAUUCAAAUGAAUUUGUGAAUAAUAAUCUAUCAUCAGUAACAAAUUAUAGUCAACAAAAAUCGCCACCAUCAUCAUCGUCAUCACAACAACAACAGAAUCACCGUUCAAAUUCAACACAACCGCCAAUUACAGACACAUCAAUUAAACAAACACCUGUUCAAUAUUCCAAUGGUACAUCGAAUCAUCCUUCAUCAAUGAAUAAUAAUUUAACGAAUGAAAGUAUAAAUAAUAAUCCUAAAAAUUUAAAAUCAAUAUUAAUGAAUAAUAAUCCACAUGAUAUACCAAAAGAGUUAUCAAAUUCAUUCUCGGGUGCAUUGACAAUACAACAAUCAACGCAUAUGAAUUCAAUGAUGACAUCAUCGUCAACAUCACCGGAUAAAUCAAAAAAUGUAUCAAAGAAAACCAAUUUACUUAAAAACGCUUCAAUAAAUGGACAAAAUUAUGAUACAUAA